UACAAAUUAUUGAAAAUAAAUUAAAUCCAUGUUAUUUAUUAAAAAUAUUGAAAAUAAAGUAAAAAUUUUUACUUUAAAUUAAGAAAAAUUUAAAUAAAAUUAUUUUAGUGCUAGUGUUACAUUUUUCUGGUAAAAUUAAAAGCAGCCGUGGCUUAAAAGUGUUUCUUGCGAAAAAAAUUGUGUUUUUCGAAAAAAAAUUAAAUAAAUUAAUAAUUUUCUUAAGUGCUGGCUUAAUAAAAAAAUUUUCACCACGGAGUCCUGGGAUUUACAUAGUAUGGACGUCAAUAUGGAUAUAUUACCAAGUGGGAAUAUUUUCAGCGAAUUGGAACGCAUCUGCACAACUGGAUAUUUUUCAUCACAACCCUCGAUUGAGGAUCAAUGGCAACAGGUAAUAUUUAAAAACUUUGUACUUUCUAUUAACUCUAAGGUAUGGGUAAGCAUUAUUAAGCUAAUAAUUAAGUUGUUAAAAUAGAGUUUAAGAUCAUAGAUAUACGAUAUAUAUUGCAUUCAUAUAAACCUAGGCUCAUACCGGAAUAAACUACUAACAAAGCCAAACAGAGAGCUAAUUGUCACUAUCUGCAGUUAACUGAUUUAUAUGUAUGCUACGAUUUAAAUCAGGGAUAAGCAAAUAUAUUUCUAAUGACCUCUCCAGCUCCCUUGCGGUCACACAUAAAAAACUCAGAGCGUUUUUUCUCCAGUUCUCUUUCUUCACACAUACGUGAGCUUUUCUUGGAGUUCUUCAACUUUCAUACGAACAUAAACUCAGUGAGUAUCUUAUCGAUCUCUCACAAUCUCUUGUAAUCACAGCUCUAGUUCUCAUACUGCCGUUAACUGAUUUAUAUGUAUGCAACACGAAUUGCUACGAUUUAAAUCAGGCGUACGCAAAUAUGUUUCUAAUGACCUCUCAAGUUCUCUGGCUGUCACACAUAAAUAACUCAGAGAGCUUUUUCUCUACUUCGUUUUCUUCACACAUACGUGAGCUCUCCAGCUAUCAUACGAAUAUAAACUCAGCGAGUUUCUUAUCGAUCUAUCACAAUCUCUUGUAAUCAUAGCUCAGAGAGCUUUUUUCUAAUUCUCAUACUCUCCUGCUCAUACAAGUAUAAACAAUGAACAAGGUCAGUUAGAGAGCUUAUUUGUGAAUUUUUGCCAAUAAUAAGUAUACAACAUAAACUAUUACGAUUUCUGGCUCUCCUGCUCAUAGAUCAAAGAUCUCAAGCCCUCAUGCUCUCUUGCUUUCAUACGAUCGUAAGCUUGGGGAGCCUUUUAACAAGUUCUCAUGUUUAAAACAUAAACAAAACAAGACAGAAAGCUUAUUUAUUACUCUCUGCUGCUGCCUGGUAUAAAUACAAGUAUCUCUUUGAUGUAUAUCGAUCACUGAUCUACAGUUUUAAGGAACACAGCAAGAAUACUACAUUUGCUGAGGUUACACAUUAUUUCAAAUAAUUGAAGUUAUUGAAAAAAAAUUUUAUAGACUUUUUCCAUUA